CCGACACAGUCUAUGUGAUGGACAAAUUAAUGGAAUUAUGCUCACGAGCAACGUCCCAGACGGACUCGCAAGUUCAAAGGACAGAGCGGAGUGGGUAUAAUGGAAAAAACACAACGGUUGGAGAGAAGGAGGCAGGCAACGAGGCCGCAUGGCCAUGACAGGAUAUAUACUGCAAGAGAUGAUGUAUGCUCGGACACGGCGCUAGACAGCAUGUGCAGGAAGUCGAAGCAUUCAACCGGCUUUUCGAAACCCACAAUUGCUGUAUGCUAUAAACAGCCUUCGACUCACAGGGAUCCUCAAGCCGCCCGUGGGGAGGAGCUGAUAUCGCAUGCGAUCAUUGGCCCUUGGAUGCGCCGGGGGGGCAUCCUUCAGGCCCUCCGCACAAAAGGUUCAUUGAAGACUUUUAGGGCCAGCAGCAAGAAAGGUUACCACACGAAACGCGGCCGUUUCACCCAGCGUCUGCGCUGCAGAAUGCCAGGUGGUCGUCGUCCACCAUGAUUGGAAUAUCUGCGGAUCGGGGGCCUGCAGGCUUGUUUGGCUGGACGACGGUGAUUGGUGCCAGCCUCUCAAAAUAUUCCGCUUUAAUCUAUCGACAGCUAAGAAUAGGAGGGAUGAAUAUGCAGGU